AUGUCAGAGAGUCAGGAAGCGAGGAAGCCAGCUAGGAGGAGGAGGAGGAGAAAGACGGACGCGCCAGGGGCGGACCGGGGGAGGUCAAAACCGGUAGCUCAACUACCGGCGGCGACUUCUUCCGCUGUACGCCCCAAGCCCCAGUCUACACCAGCGAGACCAACUGACACAGCUCCGCUGUAUCCAGCUGUUGACUUGCCAGUGGCGGAGCCGGAAGUGGACCUCAACAGGGCCAUGAAGGGAUCGCCCCCCACAUCUCCCAAGCCUUCAGCCUCCGGGUUACCAGCGAUGCCACGCCCACCCAGGAAAAGUGGCGCUGCAGUAACCCAGGCCCGUCUUGUGGCCGUUGGGAAACGGAAGGCGGUUGUGUCCCCAGGCGACCAACCAGACAAGCCAAGUCCGCCGACACAGCCGACUACACCGACUCUACCGCCGCCGAUAGAGGAUCCGACCAUCGGCCAGCCUUGGACACUACAAUCUGGCAAGCUACCAUCGCGCUACUCAUCAGCUGGUCAAGACCAACAUCGGGGAUGUCCGUCGGCUCUUGUGUGA